CAAAAUAAAUCCAGACCCGCACGGCUUACGGAGUGCAGUCAUCAAUCAAAUUCAACGAAAUCAAGCAAACAGUGACGCUGCUUCAUUAGGGUUUUAUCAAAUUCUACACUCAGCUCCAGAAGUUACCAGAAAUGGCCGAUGAAGCAAACAAAACCGCUUUUGUGGAGAUUCAAGGUCGCAUGAUUGAGACCACUGCUAAGUUGAAACAGGUUCAAAAUCAGAUGCGAAACAAGGAAAGUGAAAAGAAACGUGCUUAUCUAACCUUAGAGGAACUGCAACAAUUGUCAGAUGACACAAACACUUACAAAUCUAUAGGGAGAACGUUUGUCUUAGAGCCAAAACCAUUUUUAAUGGAUGAACAAGAAAAGAAGCUCAAGGAUAGUGAAACUGCAAUUGCAUCCUUACAGAUUUCAAAGGAGUACCUUGAGAAACAGUUAGGAGAGGUGGAGACAAACUUAAGGGAGCUUCUGCAACAAGAUCCAGGUCUUGCUCGUCAGAUAAUGUCCAUGGCUGUUGUCUAACCAUUUCUUAAAAUCAUCCACAAGAAUCCAUGAUUAUGAAAUCCAAAUGGUGUAGUGGAGUAUGUAUGUGAUCUUUAUGAAGAGUAUUUAUGUUGCAUAUUUUUGUAAGCCACCAAGAACAAAAAUCAUAUCCAACAUGCAUCAACCACUUAGAAUUUUUGUAAUGGGAUAUCUACUUUUAAAUUUGUCUUUGGUUUACUCGAUGUAAACAAUUAUAGACUACAAGGCAAGCAUAAUUGGUUUUGGAGC